AUGAUCAGCGAUCGGUACAGCACUCACGACAUCCGCGCAUUGACUCACGGCUUCUUUCUGGAACAGGGCUGGAACAAGGAUGUCGCCGUUUCCCUCAAACACUUUCAAGCCGAGAGUAAAUACCAUGCACCUUGUUCUUCUGACGAGUCCAAAACAGUUUCACGUUGCAUCAGCCGUUGUUUUCACGAAAAAAUGAUCAAGAAAUCGGGAUGUCGAAUGCCGUACAUGAAUUUACCGAAUUUCACAUCAGUCCCGUACUGUAACACUUCAGAGCAGUUGCUUUUUGCCGAAGACUUGCAGAAAGAUUUAUUGUGGGAAGGUAAUGGAUGGCAUCCGGCUGCCUGUCAAUGCGGAUAUUCCAGCACCUGUUCACAGUACCUUUACGAAACGAAUGCUGAUACCUUCGCCCGCCAUGACGAUUGCGCCCAGUACAAAGUAUAUUUUACCGACAUGACGUAUGAAGAAACAAAAGAAGAAUUUGCGUAUGACAUCAUCUCGCUGCUUUGCGAUAUUGGUGGGACUAUUGGUCUCCUCUUAGGGGCUUCAGUGCUGACUAUGGUCCAGUUUGUCGACGCCUUAUCACGCCAGAUAGUCAAAUGGCUGACGAAAGCACCCGGACUGGUGAAACGACAAAAAUCCAGCAUGUUUAACAUUGUACAAACAGCAUUAGAGAAACCACUCGAGCAUUAGUUAAAUUCCGAAAAUAAUCAAACACACUAUUUGAUUGCUAUACAAGCCGUUAUAUGUAUGCGUUU